AUGGACGAGGAUAAAUUCUGGUCUCAUCCGUUGGGUGGAUGGAUGAGUGAUUGCUUUUCCCCAUCAACGCCUCUUAUCGCCGAAAAAUUGUGGCGUCUUCAAUCAAAAACGAAAUUGGAAGUGAAAAUCUGCGAACUUUGUGAUGGUUUAGCGCUCAGUUUGCUUUGUUUGGAGAUAGAGCCAAACUUUGUCGAGAUUCUGAUUGCCACUCCAUGCACUGAGCCGUCAUCUCUCUGGUUAAAACAGAAGCAAUUCUCCAUUCUCUUGCAAGCAAUUCGAAGAUUUUACAAAGAUCGUCUGAAUCAACUCAUUGUAAUGACCCUGCCAGAGAUUCCGCUGAUUGUACGAAAUCCAACAGCUGAUGUUUGUGGCCGUGAAUUGCAUCGUUUUUCUCUACUGAUUCUUGGUUGUGCUGUACAGUGUGAGAAAAGGAAAAUUUUCAUUGAACGAAUACAAAAACUCGAUCAGAAAACGCAAGAGGGAUUGGCUAAGCAAAUUGCAAAGCUUACAAAAGGCUCAACACACGUGAUCUCGCCGAGAAGUUUGGAGGUGGAAAACGAGGAGAAUUUACGCAUCUUGGUCGAGAGAUUGAUUCGAGAAAGAGACGACUACGCGGCCUCUCAUCUCGAAAUGGUUCAUGAACAUGAAUCGGAUGAGGGCAGCAGUACCACGGGCACAAAUUCUUUGAAUGGAGACAUCCCACAGAGAAAAAUUUAUGAUCGUCGUUCUCCGUCACCGACAAUGUUGGAUCGACACACAAAUGUGGAAUUGGCGUCAAUCAAGGCUGAAGUUAGACGACUGAGAAAUGAAACGGAGGAAAAAAAUGAAGAAGUACAACUGCUUCAAGACGAUUUACAACUAAAGGAAAAAGAGAUCCUUCGUUUACAAGAUGAGCGAUUGGAAUUGAUUCGAGAUGCUCGAGCAGCUCGGGAUCUUCGAGAUGAACUCGAUUAUGCGAAUCAAAAGCUUUCAAAAGUCGAAAAACUUGAGCAAGAGAAUUCGAAAUUGAGAGAAAAACUAUCCGAACUUGACUACUACAGAAGUCGAGUUGAGCAACUUCGUACGGAUUGUGAAGAUCUUGAAGAAUCUUCUCGUUAUCUGGAAACUCAAUUGGACGAAUUUCGACAAAAGGGUCGAUCUGUGAGUGAUACAGAAGUGAGAUUGGCUGAGAGUCAGGAUACGGUCAAGGAAUUGCAUCUGGAGAUCACAACGAAAAACCAAAAAAUCGAGGAUCUGAUCACAGAGCAGACGAGAUUGGAAAGAGAAUUGACAGUUUCACUUUCGAGAAUGGCAGAAAUCGAGAAGGAGAACUUUGGUGGCCGUGAUGGAUCUCCGAGAAAUUUACCUGGUUCAUUGGCCGAUCAAAUCGAGGAAAGUGGAAGGAAUGAGAUCACUCAACUUCGACUUCAAAACCAAAAAUUCAAGCAAAGAAUCGAGGAGUUGGAGAGAAAUCGAGAAUCCGACUUAUCGAUGACUUUUGCCGAAUGUGAGGCAAAGUUGGAGGAAAGCGAGAAAUUGUUAUCAGAUCAACGAGAGGAAAAUGAUCGAUUGAAUAAACAAAUCAAUGAUUUGGAGAACAAUUUGACAUUGAUUACGUCGCAAUAUGAAGAGGUAACAACAACGUGUUCCGUUCUUCGUGUCGAUCGUGAUUCCACUCAUCAAUCAUUACAAGAAGCAAGGAAAAAUUUCGCCAUCUUUCAACAAGAAGUUGAGAGGAAAAAUGAAGAAUUGGAAAUUGUGAAUUCUCGUCGCUUUGAGAAUGAAAUCUCAGAGUUGAGGCGAGAUUUGGAAGAUUUGCGAGAAGAAUUGAAAGAAAAAGAGAAGAACAUCGGAAAAAUGAGAGAUGAACAUAAAAGUCAACGUCUUGAAAUGGAUCGAUUGGAAGACGAAAAGAAAAUAUUGGAGAUAUCGAAUUCACAAUGUGAACGGCAGAAAAGAUUGGCGGAAACGGAGAGAAAUGCUUUGAAGGAUAAAUUGGAGCGUCUCGAAGAUGAGAUUGAAACAUCUCGGAUGAGAUUAUUAUCGACAGAUGAUGCAAGAAAAAGAUUGGAAACAACAGAAAGAGCGCUGGGAGAAAUACAAAAUAGAAUUGGAGAUUUCGAGCAAGAAAAUAGAGCAUUAGCACAACAGCUUGAAUUGGAGACUCGAAAAGUGCAAUCAUUGAGGGAAGAUUUGGUUUCCGAAAAAUCGCGAGUAGCCGAUUUGGUAGGAAGACUGAGAAGUGUUUGCACGGGAAUCUCACUCAAUGGAGGGAAAAUCGAUAUCGAUAUGGAUGAUGCAAAGUUAAUCCAAUCGAUUGAUGAUGUUAUUAUGUGUGCUUUGAAUACGGCAAGACGAGAAGCCGAUGCUCUUCGAAUCCAACAACACACGCAAAUCGCUGAGUUGACCGAUUUAAAGAGAGAUAUCGAGAAAUUGAGACGUGCUGAAAACGCUUCUUUAAAUGAAAGUGACGAUCGAGUGAGAGAAUUGAGCGAGGAAAACGCGAACGCAAAAGAACAGGCUUACAAAUUGCAAGAACGUCUCCGAGAGCUUCAAAUUGAGAUUGCGACGAGAUCCGCCGAGACAGCGAAUGCAAAGAGAGAAGUCGAGGAACUUCGAACGACAAAUGUCAAUCUAAACAAAUUGCACAGCGAGUUGGCCACUUUGCAAGUCUCGUUGAGAAACGCUCAAUUACAGGAAGAAUUGCUAAAACAAGACAAUCAAGAGCUUCGGACACAAAUCGAUCUAUCCGAGAAAUCGAAGAGGGAAGCAAAAAGAGACGCGGAUCAAAUCGCUUCACUUCAUCAAGCUUUAUUAUCUGAUCACGAUCGUCUCCAAUCUCUGCACGAUAUGUUAAAUCACGAUUAUGAAAGAGCGAAAUUCGAGAUUUCUGAAAUGAAGAAAAAAGUCAAAUCAAGCUCCGAAAAGUUUGGAGCGACAUCGACUUCACAACAAGAAGUGGAUGAAUUGAGGAUUGCGCUUCGAUCAGAGAGAUCACAAUAUGACCGAAUGUUGAGGCAAAGUGCCGAAUGUCAGAAUGAGAUCGGACAAAUGAGAAGGGAAAUUUUGACAUUAAAAAAAGAGAACGAAUGUCUGGCGAGAAAUUGUGAAGAUUUGAGCACUGAAACGUACAAGUUGAGGGUCAGCGAUCAGUCACAAAAAGCCACAAUUAAGAACCUCAAUAUGACAAUUGAAACGAUCACUCGUCAACUCGAGAAUAAAGAGCUGGAGAUGGCCAAGUUGAAGCACAAAAUUGAUAUGUUGACUCAAUUAAAUCGAACCCUCGAAGAAGAGAACAAAAAUUUGGGAAGACAGGUUGAAAUGUUGUUGCAGCAAAAUCGUGAACUCUUGAAUCGAGCCCUCAAUGAUAAAGAUCAUUAUCAUCAAGAACAACGAGAAUUUCAGGAAAAACUCUCAAAUCUUCGUCGACACAAAGAGAAAUUGGAGGAGAAAAUCAUGGAUCAAUAUAAAGCAAUGGAAAGCAAAAAGUCGAGAGAUACGAAAGAAAAAGGAACACUCGUGAAGAGAGCCGCUAAGGCUUUAAUACCAAAAAAAACUCGUUCCGACAAAACGUCAACCGGCUCAACAUCCACCGAGGACAGCAGCAUUUUCUCUUCGGAUGAGCACGGUCGACUCGAUGAAGAACUUGCGCCAACAUGUUCAUCAAGUGAAGAAGCUGAUCGAGUAUCGCCGAGACUUUCCUUGGAUAACACUUUCAAAGCUCAAUUCUCAGCACCAAUUCCCUUCUUGAGGAAUCGAAAUGAUUCAAUUGGAGGCUCGGUUCGAGUGUACCCUGUGGCUCGAAGAGAUUUCGAUUCUCAAAGCGAUUUUCGAUCAUUUCAAUCAAAAACCUUCAAAUCGACAGGAAUUUCGAUUUUUGAACCGAAAAUCUCCUUUUUGCAAUCUCAAAAAGUGCCUGAAGUGCCGUUAAAAACGCAGAAUUUCGUUCGUCGAUCAUCCGAAGUCGAAUCAACCACAAAUUACUCACAAUUUUCCACUUUGCAUGAACGUGGAGUCGAUGUGCUGACUCGAGGCCCCGUUUUGCCACCGAAAAUCCCCAUCAGAAACACACCAAUCACCCAGAGCUUGAGAUCUCGUCCUCCACCGCCACCGUAUCCAUCAAAACCGAAAACCAAACCCCCACCACCGUACAAUCCGCAAAGAACAAUGACACCAACAAAUGACACUUCGUUGCUUUCCGAAUUCAACCCUCAAAUGACAUCGACACCAAAAAGUGAUCGUGAAUCACCGAGAAGUAAUGCAACGACGUCAACUAUUGUUAAGGAAGGCGAAACAAGAAGAUUUAUUCGUGAAAAAGAAGAAAGAGAUCAAAAAGCGAUGAGUCUUUACGAAAAUGUUUCACGUGAAGAUUUAAAAGACAUAUCGAUUACGACAAAUCCGGGCAUGAAACAGAACGAGAACGAGAAGGGAAAUGAGAGUACGGUUUGGUAUGAAUAUGGAUGUAUU